GAAAAAAUGCUAAAUAUGCUGAGACUGUUGUCGAUAAUGAUGGUGACGAUGAAAUGCCGAUUGCUUGUGCGAGAAGAACGUACGAAACGACGAAAGAGGCAAGUCAUGUCGAUCAGCCAAUUCAUACCUCGGCUUUCACUCUCGAUGAUACACCAUUUUCUGCUAUCAGCGCCGAUUUAGUACCCUCUUUUAUAGAAGAUCCGAAAGAAUACUUUGAUGAAUUUGGUUUUCGAAAAGGAGAUGAUACAGCAGGGCAAGCUGGGGAGGCGGUUGAAAUUGAAAACGCUUCACAUAGAAUGCGCUUUCUCGCUGCACUCGAAUUCGCUCAUUCAGGCUUAAAGGAUGAACUAGUAUGGUCAAAAGUAAACGUUGAGACAUUGUACACUGACAGGGUACAACAGCUUAUUAAAGACGGAGGUAUUCCUCAUUCAAUGAGGCCUUAUUUAUGGCCACGAUUCGCUGGCGCAACCGAUAAGUGCUCUGCAGCUGGUUAUUCCUAUAGCGAAGUUUUACGGCAAUCCGCGCAAGACAAACCGUCUAUAGGUGUUCAAAUCGAAAGAAGUCUGUUAAGGACUCUGCCAAAUAACAUCUGUUUCUGGAAGAAAAAUAGUAUAGGAAUUGACGCAUUACGAAGAGUUCUGAAAGCCAUAGCUUUCAUUUACCCUGAUCUUGGCUUCUGUGAUGGAAUGGGUGUUAUCGCAGCAACACUUCUUCUUUUUUGCUCGGAGGAGACAACAUUCUGGAUGAUGGCUACCCUUAUCGAGGAUAUUUUACCUCCAAAUUACUAUAGUCAAUCGUUGUUAGGUGUUCAGGCCGACGAGCUGGCCACAAGACAUCUAAUGAAGUCUCAUGUGCCAGAUUUAAAUCGAAUACUCGAUGAACUCGACGUGGAAGUGUCAUUGGUGACUGUCAAUUGGUUAAUGACUUUGUUCGCCACUGUGCUUCCUAUUAGAACACUAUUGCGUGUUUGGGAUUUUAUUUUUUAUACGGGAAGCGUCACUAUAUUUAGGGUAGUUAUAUCAGUUAUGAAGAUGAAAGAAGAUGAAAUCGUUGACAUAGGAAGAAGCUCGAAAUCGUCUGCAGACCUCUUCAAUGCUGUCAGUCAACUUCCGCACUCCGUGACUGGGGUGGAUAAACUUGUCGAAUACAUGACGUCGUUCGAGUUUACGAUCACAGAACAUCUCAUUAGUGAAUUGCGAAAGAAAUAUCAGGCUAUUCUAAUGGCCGAUCAAGGGAUGAUAGUAAACGCUACCACCGAUACAAACCUACCGAAGCAAAAAGUUCAGCGUCGAAAAUUAGCCAGAUCGAAGAGCAUUAUACAUCAAAUUUUUCAUUUAAAAGAAGAACGUAUUCAGAGCGAGAAUGAUCCCAAACUGAAAAAUAUUCGUCAGACUGAAAUUCUUGUUGACUUGAGAGACUCGGUAAUGCAAAUAUGUCGUUAUUUCAUUAGUUGUGAUGAGAAAAUGGAGCUAAAUAUUUCUACUAAGGCAGACUAUAGUCCUGAAUCACAUAUGCAGGACAUUGAUAAUUUUUUGACUGGUCGACGAGAGGGUCACAAGCGAGCUCGUGCUUUACUCGACUUUGCUCGACGAGAUGAAGACGAGCUAGGAUUCCGGAAAAACGAUAUAAUCACUGUCAUUUGUGAGAAAGACGAGCAUUGUUGGGUGGGAGAAGUAAACGGGCUCCGUGGAUGGUUCCCUGCUAAGUUCGUAGAGGUUGUUGAUGAACGAGGUAAAAACUAUACUGUCUACGGCGACGAGGCAGUUUCACCGGAAAUUACCGAAUACGUUAGAGGUAAUCGUGCCAGUCGACUAGCAAAUAGCUUCCGGCAAGUUAUGGAUCAUGGUAUCAUGGAAAGCGUUCUUUAUCCAUCAACCGCCUACCAUCCAUGGUCAUUCGUUGAAGACAUCGCUUAUCACUUGGUUGAGAAACAUUUCAAUUUGGUCUACUCUCGUCUGACAUUAUGCAACACCUUCAAACUGGAUCAAGACGGCAAAGUUGGUUAG